AUGAUUGAAAUCAGGGGUAUGCUGCAACAACUCAUUGGGACAAAUGGAAAGAUGCAAGAGAAGUUAGCUGCACAUGAUUCAGCAAUCAAAGGCAUUGAAACUCAAUUGGGACAGCUAUCUAUGGCCUUGAAUAAUCACCCACAACGAACAUUGCCUGCAGAUACAAACAUUAAUCCAAAGGAGCAGAACCCAAAUCAGCUCAUGGCAGUGAGUCUCAGGAAUGGGAGAGAUUUAGACAGGGAGCAAGAAGUUGCUCAAUCUAGGAGAGAGACAACACCGACUACUCCAGCUACCCCAGUUACAUUAGAGACAGAUGAGUCAGCAGAGCUCACCGAGGUUGUAAUUGAGCAAGCACAGGUUGACAAGGGUAAGGAGAAGGAAGGUGAACAACUUCCACAACAGGACCUGUCCACUGUAACUCUAAGGCAGACCUGCAACGUGCUAGUGACAAGGCCUUUGGCUCGAAAUGUGUUUGAUCCAGGUUGUUUCACUAUUCCAUGCACCAUUGGGAGUUAUGCUUUUGCUAAAGCAUUGUGUGACUUGGGGGCCAGUAUAAACUUGAUGCCCUUGGCAAUCUAUACAAAACUGGGCAUUGGCAGAGCUAGACCGACCUCAAUGUUGCUGCAACUGGCUGAUCGCACAGUCAAAAGACCGACAUGA